CUCCCUCCUCCAGCGCCACACAGACCUGAUAUUCAGCAGCUCAGCUCGUCCCCCCUUCUCCUCUCCUCUUUUCCUCUGUCCACACUUCAGGACACUUUCUCCAGCCCUACCCACACACACACACACACACACCUCACAUGGCGCUGGACAUGAACACACAGGCUGAUGGGAUCAUGUUUAGGAUCUGCAGCUUUCUGUGCGUCUCCGUUCUGCUGCUCACAUCCAGCGCCUGCGCUCAGACACACCGGAGACAGUCAUUUCCAUGUGGUGGAAACAUAACGGGAGAUUCAGGAGUUAUCGGUAGCCAGGGAUACCCGGGAGUCUAUCCUCCAAACACCAAGUGUGUGUGGAGAAUCACAGUCCCACAAGGCAAAGUGGUGGUCCUGAACUUCCGCUUCCUCGAUCUGGAAAGUGACAACCUGUGCCGUUAUGACCACGUGGACGUUUACAGCGGGCAUGUGAACGGGCAGCGACUGGGCCGCUUCUGUGGGACCUUUAGACCCGGAGCCCUCGUCUCCACGGGGAACAAGAUGCUCAUUCAGAUGGUGUCAGAUGCCAACACCGCCGGCAGUGGCUUCCUGGCAGUGUUCUCCGCCGCUAACCCUCACGAACGAGGAGAUCAGUACUGCGGAGGGCGAUUGGUGAAGCCAUCAGGAACUUUUAAGACCCCCAACUGGCCAGAAAAAGACUAUCCAGCAGGAGUUACAUGCUCGUGGCACAUAGUUGCACCGAAAAACCAGAUCAUAGAGGUGAAAUUUGAGAAGUUUGACGUCGAAAGAGAUAACUACUGCCGCUACGACUACGUCGCCAUCUUUAACGGAGGGGAAAUCAACGAUGCUAAGAGGAUUGGGAAAUACUGUGGAGACAGCCCACCAGCGCCGGUGUUCUCUGAGGGUAAUCAGCUUCUCAUCCAGUUCCUCUCAGACCUCAGCUUAACGGCGGACGGCUUUAUCGGCCACUACAGAUUCAGAAACAAGAAAAUCCCAACAACAACCAUUCCCCCAAUCACAACCACUCAGCCCAUCACCACCAGACUCAUACCUUUAAAGUAUUCAGCAGAGCUCUGUCAACAGAAAUGCAAGCGAAAAGGAAGUCCAGAGACCCAUUUCUGCUCCAGCAACUUUGCCAUCACAGGGACGAUUAUCACAGCGGUGCCACGUGGAGGGAGCAUGCACACUACAGUCUCCAUCAUCAACAUCUAUAAAGAAGGAAACCUCGCCAUCCAACAGGCUGGAAAAUCCAUGAGCACUAAAAUCGUUAUCCUGUGCAAGAAAUGUCCUUCUGUCAAAAGAGGCUUGAACUACAUCUUCAUGGGCCAGACGGACGAGGAGGGCCGUGGCCUGAUCGCGCCACACCACUUCGUCAUGACCUUCAAGACUAAGAACCAGCGAGCGUUUAACAUCCUGAAGAACAAGCGGUGCUGAACUCGCGCUUUCCUCCGUCCUAAUCUGUGUGGUCAAAACCCAGAAAGUGAUUUCCUCCAUUAGGCUUUUUCUUUCUUUCUUUUUUUAAAAAUCAGGACCAAACAACAUUCUGUGGAAGAAGAUAAUGGAGCAGAAACAAAAAAAGGUAUAUAUAAGGAAGGAAAUCAGAAAUAAUGACGAACGACCUCCAGUGCCAAUGCUGAAGGCUGAGACUGAGUCCCGGCUUCCUCUUUUACACAGAGAACACACCCUUAAUGUCCAUCUGUUAAAGUGUGAUUAAUAAAAGCUCCAUUCACUGGGACUAGAACUGUAAAAACUGUAAAAGUUGGAGUGGACUUUUGUCUCUCACUGCCCAGAAGUUUAAUCAGAAAAAAACCCACCAAGAUUGAUCUGUCAAAAAGUCAUUUCUGGUUUAUUUAUUUCAUGUUAUAUAUUCAUGUACACAGUAACAUAACAAUUAACUACACUUUUUACCAUUCAAGGGCUUUUCACACUGCUCUUAACCCCGGGUUAUCGUCACUUUUACCCCCAGGUAGAGGAAUGUCUAACUCACACGUAAUUUAGAAGCAGGUUUUUUUCAGAGGCAGGUGUUUUUCCCCGGGGUUAUGAAUCGGGAUCAGCGGCUUUUCCAGUGUUAACUCCACAUCACGGUGCUGGAGGUGUUACAGUGUGAAACCCCGCGCUGGUAGAAUGUUACGGCUAGUCGUUUAGCAACAGACAACCAAUCAGAAACUGAUCAGCGCCUCUGUGCCUCGUAUCAGGAGAAAACCAGGACGUAGCGACACUUAACAAAAACGACCCUGAUUUAUCCAAUCAGGGUUGUUGAUGCGUGAAUAUUCAAAUUAGAAGGCGGGGUUUAGGAAUGUAGAGUGUGAAACAUCAGAUGAUGAAGAGCCAGGAUUCAGUGUUAACCCCAGGGGAAAGGAGGAGCAGUGUGAAACCUUGAAAAACACAACAGAGAAUUCCCUAUAGUAGAGGGCACUAGGACCCAGGGGAAAUAAUUCAUGUGUGGAAAAUCCCUAGUGUUCAACAAAGUUUUUUUUUUUUUUUUAAUAUUCUGUACAUAGUACAUAGGAAUAAAACACAUAUAGUGUGUCAUAACUUAUUUUCCAAUAAUCCUAGCAGGAUGUACAUUUUUGAUUAUUAAUUUAAGAACGAAACGUCCAUGAAACAGGUCAUCAUCUACAUCACAACAGCUAUAAAGGAUAUAAACUUUACUGCUGAGGAAGACAGGAAGUUAUUGUGCUGUUACCAAGCGCUGACAGUUUCAUUAAAGUCUAUUACAUAAACGUCUCCUUAUAUAAAAUCUCAUUGUAUCAUACACUUACAGGAUUUUCUUUUCCUGUUAAAUAACAACACGCUUUUUAAUACAAGAAGCACACAUCAGUCCAUUUGAGGAUAUAAAAUCAACAAGAAAGAUUAAAUCCUUGUUAAAGUAUUUAUAAAUGAUAUGUAUCAUUUCACACUGUUCCUUAACAGAAAUUUCUUCUAGUUUCUGAAUUCUGAGAUGUUGGACACUAGGUGCUUACUGUACCAUUAAAUACAGUGCUAUAACAAAGUUUUUCUGGAAGGUUCUGGAUAAAAUCAGGCAAAAAAAGUUCAACAUCAAGGCUAAAAUAUCCACAUCCAAGUAAUUUAUUAAUUUGAUGCAAGCCAACAUUCUUCCACUGCAGUUUCGGCAGCACUUAAUUCAGAUCCAACUUCUUCGGCAAUAACCACGUCUUCACUACAUAUAUGUGUACAGUGUAGAUUAUAGGACAGGGAAAAUUUUGCUGUAGAUAUCAGAAAUGUGGAGAAGUGGUGUCAGUGUUGCAUUUUUCAGCCACACAAGUGUUUACUAUGUUGUCGUGAUUCCUUUUCUUCAACACGGACAAAUGUAGAAAAAUCCGAGGUGCAUCUCAUGUGGUGAGUAAAGUGCAAUAAUUCAGUAGCAGCAUUUCGAAACGGUCUCCUUCGGGACGCUGAAAGGUGUCGAGACCUGCGUUUUCUUGUUAAGUGCAUACUGAAAUUCUCAUCCUAAACUAUUUUCAUAUGAAACUGAUUCCUGUUAGUGAAUGUUAAUUUAUAAACGAUUGUUUUGUGACAAUAUCAAAUAAAAAUAAAAAUAAAAAUAAAAAUCCAGGAUCUGGUUUUGUUCUGAUAACUUCUGAUACUUUUACAUUUGUUCCCUUUUUGUCUUAAAUGUCUAACGACAGUAGAACCUCGGAGUAUGAACGUAAUUCGUUCCUAAAUUCUGGUCGCGACCAAUUUAGUCGUAGUCCGAUUUAUAAUUUUUCCCAUAGGUAUACAUACGAACAAUAUGUAACUUUAAAUUUUUUAUGGUUUUUAUAGCACAAAAUAUGAAACAAAGUAUGAAAAAACCUUAAUUAUACAAAAAUAAUACAAAACUGUAAUGGAAAGAACACUGUAUUUUUACAUGGACCUUUCUUACGAAGAACACCACCUUCAUGCUGGCCAAUAAUUUCCAUCCUAAGAUCAAUAGUUAUUUUCUUUAUCACCUUCUUCUAUCACUAUCACGCUGCACUUUCUUAGCGGCCAUGCUGGAAUGAUUUUAAAUAGUAUAAUACAAAUAAUAUCGAGAAAGGAACACAAUAAUGUUCACAGCUACUACGCGCAAAUACGAUCACGACUGAAGACUGAGACUGAUCAAAACUGGGCGACGCACUCGUGUCUUAGUUUAACUGUUAGCCGCGGCUUGGGAUAGCGAUUCCUUGGUUGUACUCCGGAAAAAUGGUGAUAGGAGCAAUUUUUAGGUGACUUUUUGGAACGUAACUCGAUUCAUACGUACUUGGGGAUUUUUGUGCCCCGAGGUUCUACCAUACUGAAUUAGCUGAAAGGUUAAGAUUAGCGUUCGAACUGAUCACGUAGUCAUCAGACAUUUUGAUUGUCUGCCUUAUGGGAUUCACCAAUAAGGUAAAAUUCUGCAGCAUGAAUCUUUCCUUUAAAGGAAAACUAAAGUCAUGAUUUUUCCUCCUAACAAACAAAAAGCAUAACAUUUUAAACAACUCUAUUAAGAUAAAUUCUAAACUAAACUCGAUCAGAUUAAAUCUAACAUUGUUUUUUGCAGCAAGCCGGUCUGAUUAGUCACAUGUUUAAUCUUUGUGAGAACUGGACUGAUGUAUUCACUGGGAUUUCAAUAAAACACAUGCUGUUAUAGAAAAAUGAUCAGUAACAGAUUAUGUGAUGCAGCCCAGUGUGAGUUAUU